UUCUGCCCCCUCCUCUCUUGUACACACCCAAAAUACAGUUUUGACAUCUUGUCUGAAAACUCUCUUCCCUUUGAAACUUCUUCUCUGUCUCUUUUGUCUAAUACUUGUUUAGAUAAACCUCUCUUUGUACAUAUAAAAAAUAGAGUAUCAACCAUGGCUGCCAACAAGUUUGCAACCAUGUUGCAUCGAAAUACCAACAAAAUCACCCUUGUUCUAGUCUAUGCCAUCCUUGAAUGGAUUCUGAUCAUUCUCCUCCUUCUAAAUUCUCUUUUUUCUUAUUUGAUCAUAAAGUUUGCUGAUUACUUUGGCCUUAAAAGGCCCUGCAUGUGGUGUACAAGAAUUGAUCAUAUCCUAGAGCCUGGAAAGAACAAAAAUUCUUGCAUAGAUCUUGUGUGUGAAACUCAUGCCUUUGAGAUUUCUAGACUUGGUUUCUGCUCCAAUCAUCACAAACUGGCUGAAUCAAAAGACAUGUGUGAGGAUUGCUCAUCCUCAUCCCAACCAGAUUAUGUUAAACUGUCUCAGAGUUUUGGUUUCUUUCCAUGGAUGAAGCAAAUAGGCAUGAUUCAGGAUUCUGAUGAUAAGGCAAUUGAGAAAGUGGAGGAGGCUUUGAAGUGUUCUUGCUGUGGUGUCAACCUAGACAGCAGAUUCUACCCUCCUUGCAUUCUGAUUAAACCUUCUCUGAACGUUUUGGAUUAUGGCCUGAAGCAGAAUUUGAUCACAGAAGGUGGGGUUGAUGCAGAUAUUGAUGAAGGUGAUCACUCAGAUCAUAGCAGAUCGGAUUUUGUGCUUGAUCAUCAUGAAGAUGAACAGAGCACUGAAGAAAACAGGGGAAGUCACAUAGUGUUUGAGGUUGAACAGGGUUUAGGUAGAAGAGAAGAUGAGGGAGAGGAGAGUUGUGCUUGUUCUGUAUGUGAUGGUGGCAAGGAAGCCCUGGCUGAAGAAAUUUACAAGUUGGAUUUGGGUGUAGAGAAAGGGAAAGAAACCUUUGAAGAGGAAACUUUGAAUGUUCCUAAGCCUAAGGAUGAUGAUGAUCAACCUUGUCAGCAGACCACUGCUCAAGUUGAUUUCAUUGGAGAGAUAACUGAGGAAAUUCCACCCAAACAUCUGGAAUUUUUCAUUCAUGGUGAUGAUUGCAGAUUGAUUCCUGUUGAAUUGGUUGACUCCACUGCCACAGAAAAUGGAAAUCAAAAUAGAUAUAAGGUGGAGGGUGAAGGGCUCACCGACAAUGAAGAUUUUAUUCUUGACUUUGAUAUGAGUACUGAUGCAGAAGCUGAACCGGUUAUUGAGAAUUGGCACAUUUCUGGGGAUAUUGUGACAGAAUUUUCAUGUCAGGAGAAUAAAAAUGUCUUCAAGAUCAAUGGGGUUGACUCAAUUCAAUUAAGGACCAGAGGACAGUCCUCAGGGUUACAAGUAGAAGAAGAAAAAUUGGAGCUGAAUUAUCAACAUGUGAGAUUUGCUCAGACAGCUGAAGACUUGCCUAGGGAUGACAAUGUUGAAGCAAACAUGGAAAGAAGAGAUGGAGAACUAUGUUCAGAUGUUUCUCUAGCAUCUGAAGAUGCAUCACAAAUGCAGGGUGAGGAAUUUGAAGCAGAAGUCUCAAUAGGGACUGAAAUUCCUGAUCACGACCAAGUGGAUGAGUAUCAAAGCCAAUAUAUCCUCUUGGAUACAAAUCAACGAAUACAAGAAGAUCCAUCUACUAGCACAGUCAGAUUUCAUGUCCAAGAUGAUAGAGGACUUGACAAUGGUGAAGAAUUUGUUGAAUUCAAAACCAUGUCACUUGAAGUGAGAAUGCCAACCGCAAAUAACCAUUUGUCAUCAUCAUCUUUGGAGCUUAAUGAGAAUGAGGAAGAAAAAGUUCCUGACACACCCACUUCUGCGGAGAGUCUGCAUCAGCUACACAAGAAAUUGCUUCUGCUUGAGAGGAAAGAAUCAGGAACAGAAGAGUCAUUGGAUGGAAGUGUCAUAAGUGAUAUAGAAUACGGUGAGCUCACAAUUGAGAAGUUAAAAUCAGCAUUGAAAUCUGAAAGGAAGGCUUUAAGUACUGUAUAUGCAGAACUAGAAGAAGAGAGAAGUGCAUCUGCUGUAGCAGCCAAUCAUACAAUGGCAAUGAUAAAUAGGCUUCAGGAAGAAAAAGCAGCAAUGCAGAUGGAAGCUUUGCAGUAUCAGAGAAUGAUGGAUGAACAAUCUGAGUAUGACCAGGAGGCUUUGCAGAUUUUGAAUGAGCUUAUGCUGAAGAGGGAGAAAGAGAAGCUAGAGCUAGAAAAGGAGCUUGAAAUAUGUAGAAAAAGGGUUCAUGAAUAUGAGGUAAGAGAAAAGAUGAUGAUGUCAAGAAGAGAUGGUAGCAUGAGAAGCAGAACUUCAUCUCCCUCUUGUAGCAAUGCUGAAGAUAGUGAUGGAUUGUCCAUUGAUUUGAAUCACGAAGCAAAGGAAGAAAAUGGUUUUUAUGGCCAUCAAGAAUGCAGCAACCAGAACACCCCCGUUGAUGCAGUCUUAUAUUUGGAGGAAUCAUUGGCAAACUUUGAGGAAGAGAGGUUAUCAAUUCUAGAACAACUGAAGGUACUGGAAGAAAAGCUAGUUAUGUUGAAUUAUGAAGAAGAACACUGCUUUGAUGAUACUAAAUCAAUAGAACAUCUUUGUGAACAGAACGGGAAUGGAUAUCAUGAUCAUAAUGAUUAUCAUGCAAAUGGAUUUGCUAAUGGUCAUGCAAAGGAAAUAAAUGGUAUUCAUCACCAAGGGGGGAAAAUCACAGGUACAAAACCCAAGAGGCUUCUUCCACUUUUUGAUGCAAUCAGUACAGAAGCAGAAUACGUAGAGUUGAGUGGAGAUGAAAAUGAGUUAGAAUUUUCCCCCUUGCAAAAUAGUUCAGCUGAAAAGGUUAAUUUGGAUAAGAAAAAGCUUGCUUUAGAAGAGGAGCUGGAUCAUGUGUAUGAGAGACUACAGGUGCUGGAAGCAGAUAGAGAGUUCCUAAAGCACUGUAUCAGCUCGUUGAGAAAAGGAGACAAAGGGUUAGAUCUUCUCCAAGAAAUAUUACAACAUCUUCGUGAUCUGAGGAAUGUGGAAUUCAGAGUCAGGAACAUGGGAGAUCUUGCAGUAUAAGAAGUCUAUAUGCUCAAAUGUACCAAAGAGAAAAUAGAUCUUGCUAAAUGCAGAUUUGUUAUAUUGGAGUUGAUCCACUAGCUGCAAAUCAAGCAUACAUGAGCACCACUGCUGUGGUCUACAUAGAUACAGGACACACCAAUGCAUCAUCACUUGAAGAAUUUAACAAAAAGCCAAUGGGAGUUCCCUAAUGGAGAGGGGAGAAUCCUGGUAUGGUCUGUUUGAUACAAUGGUGGACAACAAAACUGAAGUCUGCCUUUUUCUUUUUUCUUGUUUCUUUUGUCCAAGUAAGCCCAAAUUUUUGUGGGUUGUGUCCAUCAUUACCUUUGUGGAAAAGGAGGAUGAUGAGUAUAUGUCAGUGUGUAUAUGUCAGUGUGUAGGCUAGUGAGGUGAAGCCACCCUGUCACUUUGUAUUUUGAGAGCAAAGUCCUGGCUUGCAAAGCUGGAGAGAUCCAAAGAAAGAUUCCAGUGCCAGGCACAUAGCAUUAGUUUAUUAGACAGACAGAAUUAGGGCCACUAGUUUUGUCAUUUCUUACAUUUUUGUUUUUUUGUGUUUUUGUUUCGGUAAGAGUGAAGAUCGGGUAAGUAGCCUCUUUCUUUUCUCUUUUUUCAUCUUUUUGCAUUAUUGCAUCCUAUGAGGUUUGUUUAUUUCUGAGGGGGGAAAGCUGAGUCACUUGUAUACUACAUGUAUUCAUUUGUAAUUAUAUA